CGGCAUUGACAGUGCUCGCCGGACCGCCACACUGUAACGACGCGUCUCGGCUUCACUCCACAGUCGUAUAUUAUAUCGAAUCGCACACGCGGACAAAACCCAUCCAACCUUUUAAAGUCGGAAAAUCACUUCCCAAUUAGUAAUCUCGUUGUUGCCUCGUGUAUGUCGAGUUUUAUCAGAAGAUUUUGCACAAUGAAGCCACCCACGAACGCAACCCUACUCCACGAUGUCGAUAUUCCCACCAAGAAGGCGACAUUCGGAAUGGGUUGUUUUUGGUCGAACGAUUCUCUUUUCGGCGCCACACUCGGCAUCAUUCGCACCAGGGUCGGCUACGCUGGAGGUACCACAAAGAACCCACAUUAUAGGAACAUUGGGGACCACACAGAAGUAAUAGAGCUGGACUACGACCCAAAGACCGCCACAUAUGAAGAGUUGCUGGACAUGUUCUGGGCGAACCACGAGUACGGACUUACCACCAAACUUAAGAGACAGUACCAGUCCAUGAUCCUUUACCACGAUGAAGAGCAGCGAGAGGCAGCUGAGGAGUCCUACAAGUCCAUGCAAGUCAGGUGCAACGGUCAGCUGAGGACCGAAAUAGCACCAGCCGGCACUUUCUACCCAGCUGAAGACUACCACCAAAAAUACAGACUGCAAGGCCACAAGGAUCUAUGCCGAAGCUUGGGGCUCGAUUCCUCUAAACUGCAGACCUCACACUUAGCAGCUAGACUAAACGGAUACCUAGUCGGCGUUGGCGGCAAGACCCAGUUCGAACAAGAAGUGGUCCGGUUGGGCCUAAGUGAGAAACAGGCGGAGUAUGUGCGACGUGAAUUGGAACGCAACGAAGGUGGUGGACUCGCAUGCUGAAGGGUUCAGACAUUGGUGUGCACUGAUCGUUUAGAAAUUGUCAACUCGAGGCUGCUCUUUCAAAAACAGCUUUAAAACACAAAGGUUUUUUUAAAAAAUACUUGGGGUGCGUUUGUUUACCUGGGAUAGUAAGCGAAUUAUUAAAAAAAAACUGACUGUGCUUUGAGUUUACUUUGAUUACUUUUUGGCGCCGAAAAUACUUAAUUUUUUAUUUUUUUGUUAAUUUUGAUGUACCAAGUGUCACUCUCACGACUCUGACGAAUCUAUUGACACCACUCACUUAAAAACACGACAAACCGUAUAGGCUCUAGGGCGAAUCAAAGAAAUAUACAUACAUACAAUCGAAAAACGUUACCCUCCUUCUUUCGCAGUCUGAUAAAAAGUAGAUUGAUUCAUAAUGGUGUAAA